AUGCCUGAGAAAAAAUUUCCCCCCAAGCCCACUAAUUUAAGACCUUAUUCGUGUGGUUUAACUAUCAAUAAGCAAAGGUUUACCAAAUUAGAAAUUAGUCCUUAUUAUGAAAAACAUAAUAGAGAAUACUUAGAAAAAUUAGAAAGAAAAGGGGUUAAAUUGUCAGAGCAAGAAUUAGCUGAAAAACUGAUUACUGAUGAUUUGAUUAAAAAAAUAUUGCUUCCUCAACUAAACGGUGAGGACGAUAUUAGAGCUGAUGGUCGCAAUUAUCAGUAUACUUAUUACUUUGCUAUUUUGUAUAAAGGAGUUAAAGCCUAUAAAUUAGUGUGGUGCGUAGACGAUAAUGAACCACAUGUUUUAGGACUAAUGGAUUGCUUUCGAAUAAGCAAAUAUGAUAAAGAAAAUGUUCCUAAUAAAUGUGUCCCAAGACAUAUUAAUUAUUUAAAUUAUCCGCGAGGAGAAUGUAUAAAUCCUUACACUGGCAAAAAAGGAGAAAGAAGUGAAGUGGAUGAAAUAUACAUCAACGAACAACUAGAAGGUGAAUUAGAUUUAGUAGAUUUUACUUAUUUUCGUCAUGGAUAUGGUGUAAAAGUAUUAAUUCCUCUUAAAGUAGAUGAAAGUAAAAUAACAUUUAAAAAUCAAAGUGAAAAGGCUGAUAUUAUUUUAACCAAUCCGCAAAAAUAUAUUAAUCAAAAAUAUCCUACUCAGGAAGAAAGAGAAAAAGAAACAAAAUUAGAUAUUUGA